CUCAAAAAAUUAUAAAUAUAUCUAAUGCUUGGUGGUCGCGCGAGCAGUUGAAAAAGUGGCCGGAGAAGAAGAGUGCAGUGCUACUUCCUUAGCAAGGCAAAUGAAUCGCGCACCCCGGUCAACGUCUAGGCUAUAUAUAUCCCUUUUGCUUUCAAAUCUAUCGAUCAAUUCAAAUGAAGAAAAUGUUCUUGUUUUCGUUGAGUGCUCCAACUUAGUGAUCCAGUUCAUUUGGAAAGGGAAAGAACUGAAUAUCAGGUAUAUCGCGCUUCCUAUUCGUACAUCUCCUCUUGUUUUGAUAGAAUUGACAUUUCUCCACCGUUUUCGAAGGUUUAUCCUAUAUUCAGAUCUCCCCCUUUCUUCAUUUUUCCUUGUUCUGUUCUGUAAGUAUAGGCGUUGACUUGUACCCACUUACUGGAUUCCCGAUCUUGUUUCUGAUCCAUUCCGGCCGUCAACAAAUCGUUGUCGUUUGGAGGGUUAAGAACCAACGAAUUCAACAUUAGGGCAAAUAGAGAUGCAGCUUAGGUACUCUCAACACCCAAAGGAGGAGGACAACUCGUAAAUCUGAAAUCAAAGAGAAGGUGAGAAAGAAAUAUAUAUAGUGAUUGUUGAAGGUCGGUGUCUACAAAAAAUGGUGGCUUCUUCUAGUGCUGCUAAAGCAGCAAAGACCAACAAUCACAAACAGACGGGUAGCACAGCAAAAACAACUGAUUUUAAGACGAAAGCAAAAGAACCUCCAACUCCAGCUCAGAGAAGAGCGAAACAGGCGGUGGACAAAAAAUACCGGGCAAACAAAAAGGAGGCAAUUGUGGGACAGAUGAAGCGAAUUCCCUGUGAUUGGAAAGUCGACGGGAAAUACUUUACUUCUUUUGACGAGGCGGAAACUUGGUUUCUGUCGCAGACCUAUGAUCAAGGCCCGAACGACACUAACAACAACACAACUGCUUCUACUGCUGCUGGCCCCUCGUGUGUCGAAAAUCAUGGCUUGCCAAACAACCCAGAUAAUAAUCCUUUCAGUCAUGACCCUGCUGCCGGAUUUCCAACUGCUCCUACUGCUGGCUCAAUCUUUGUUGAAUAUCCUGAGUUGGCCUCUGCGUUUGAUGCGCCAUAUAAUCCUUCUAUAAGUGAUCUUGUCACUGAUUAUAACCUUGGUGCCGAAUUUCCAACUCUCUCAGCAGCUGGCUCCUCCUUUGCUGCAUAUCCUGAGUUGGCCUCUGUGUUUGAUGCGCUGGAUAGUCAUGAUAUCAGUGAUCUUUCCACUGAUCAUGACCUUGCUGCUGAAUUUCCAACUUCCUCUGCGGCUGGCUCCUCAUUGAUUGCAGGUCAUGACUUACCUGUCAUGGUUGAUGUUCCAAAUAACCAUGAUACCAUCAGUAAUCUUGUCACUCGUGACCCUGCUGCCGAUUAUAAAUCAGGAUUUCCAAUUGCUUUUGUUGCUGGCUCCUCUGUUGCAAAUUAUGACUUGCAUGCCCCCAAAUCUUAUGAUAUCAGUGGUCUUUUCACUCAUGACCCUGCUGCGCAUAAGAAAGCAGGACUUUCGUUCUGAGAAAAUCCCAUCUUCAAAGACGGUUUAGAGAUGGUACCUAUAAGCUCCUCACCUCCUCAAGCAUACAGGCACACCUUUUCUAUGUGAAGAGCUAUAUAAUGGUUAAUUUAUUGUGCAUGCCACCGAGUUAAGGAGCCAUUUAUAUCGUCUUUGACUCUCGAAUAUUUUUUUCGUGUAUUUUUUAAUAUCUUGAUCGUUUCUGAAUCCUCUUUAUAUGUAUUUCUGAAUAUUUAUAUCGUUUGUGCUUUUUAUAUGUAUUUCUUGAAGUCUUGGACCUUUGGUUGUUGCUGCUUUGUAUGUUGAACAUGUAUUUUUAUGUUAUAAGAAUGCGUAUGGUGUUUGCUUAAUAAUUGGGAGAUGGA